AGGCCUUGCCCCUCUAUCCUCUGCACAGGAAGUGGGCUGGCUCUGGGCUUUUAGUUUUUGUGGCCCCAGCAGCCGCAGCCGUCUCCUGGGCCAGAGCUGAGCAGGGCCCUGGAGAGAUGGCCACGGUCCCAGCAGCAGGGAGGACUGGAGAGCGCGCGCUGCCACCGCCCCAUGCCUCAGCCAGGGCUUCUUUCCUCGGCUCCACCCUGUGGAUGUAAUGGCGACCCUUGCUCUGUCCUGGUGUCUGCCCCUCCUCAUCCUCCUCCUGCCCCUGGCUACCUCUUCGGCAUCUGCAGCGGUGAACGGCACUUCCCAGUUCACAUGCUUCUACAACUCGAGAGCCAACAUCUCCUGUGUCUGGAGCCAAGAUGGGGCUCUGCAGGACACUUCCUGCCAAGUCCAUGCCUGGCCGGACAGACGGCGGUGGAACCAAACCUGUGAGCUGCUCCCUGUGAGUCAAGCAUCCUGGGCCUGCAACCUGAUCCUCGGAACCCCAGAUUCUCAGAAACUGACCGCAGUGGACAUCGUCACCCUGAGGGUGAUGUGCCGUGAAGGGGUGCGAUGGAGGAUGAUGGCCAUCCAGGACUUCAAACCCUUUGAGAACCUUCGCCUGAUGGCCCCCAUCUCCCUCCAAGUCGUCCACGUGGAGACCCACAGAUGCAACAUAAGCUGGAAAAUCUCCCAAGCCUCCCACUACUUUGAAAGACACCUGGAGUUUGAGGCCCGGACGCUGUCCCCAGGCCACACUUGGGAGGAGGCCCCCCUGAUGACCCUCAAGCAGAAGCAGGAAUGGAUCUGCCUGGAGACGCUCACCCCAGACACCCAGUAUGAGUUUCAGGUGCGGGUCAAGCCUCUGCAAGGCGAGUUCACGACCUGGAGCCCCUGGAGCCAGCCCCUGGCCUUCAGGACAAAGCCUGCAGGCCUUGGGAAGGACACCAUUCCGUGGCUCGGCCACCUCCUCGUGGGCCUCAGCGGGGCCUUUGGCUUCAUCAUCUUAGUGUACUUGCUGAUCAACUGCAGGAACACCGGGCCAUGGCUGAAGAAGGUCCUGAAGUGUCACACCCCAGACCCUUCGAAGUUCUUUUCCCAGCUGACCUCAGAGCAUGGAGGAGAUGUCCAGAAGUGGCUUUCCUCGCCCUUCCCCUCAUCGUCCUUCAGCCCUGGUGGCCUGGCGCCUGAGAUCUCGCCACUGGAAGUGCUGGAGAGGGACAAGGUGACACAGCUGCUCCUGCAGCAGGACAAGGUGCCUGAGCCCUCAUGCUUAAGCAGCAACCGCUCACUGACCAGCUGCUUCACCAACCAGGGUUACUUCUUCUUCCACCUCCCGGAUGCCUUGGAGAUAGAGGCCUGCCAGGUGUACUUUACUUAUGACCCCUGCGCAGAGGAAGAGCCUGAUGAGGGUGGGGCCGACGCACCCACAGAGUCUUCCCCUCAACCCCUGUGGCCUCUGUCAGCGGAGGACGAUGCCUACUGCACCUUCCCCUCCGGGGAUGACCUGCUGCUCUUCUCCCCAAGUCUCCUUGGUGGCCCCAGCCCCCCAAGCACUGCCCCUGGGGGCAGCGGGGCUGGUGAAGAGAGGCUACCCCCUUCCCUGCAGGAGAGAGUCCCCAGAGACUGGGACCCCCAGCCCCUGGGGCCUCCCACCCCAGGAGUCCCAGACCUGGUGGAUUUUCAGCCACGCCCUGAGCUGGUGCUUCGAGAGGCUGGAGAGGAGGUCCCUGACCCUGGCCCCAGGGAGCCGUUCAGUUUCCCCUGGGCGAGACCUCCUGGGCAGGGGGAGGUCAGGGCCUUUAAUGCUCGCCUGCCCCUGAACACUGAUGCUUACUUGUCCCUCCAAGAACUCCAGGAUCAGGACCCAACUCACUUGGUGUAGACAGAUGGCCAGGGAGGCAGGCAGCUGCCUGCUCUGUGCCGAGCCUGAGGAGGACCCUGUCGAGGGUAUUUAGUGCACUGAUGAGGACACUCAGUGUCCAGUUGCCGCUGGAUGUCUCCACCCAGAUGGCCCCCACCCAGUCCUGCACACUUGGCCCAUCCAUUUCCAAACCUCCAUUGCUGCUCCCUGGUCCUGCUGCCCGAGCCAGGAACUGUGUGUGUUGCAGAGGGGCGGUAAUUCCCCAACUCCCUCUUUAAUCACAGAGUCCCACGAGUUUAGGCUCUGAAGCAUCAUUCCUCUCCAGCCCUGCAGCUAUUCACCAGUAUCAGUCCUCACAGCUCUCCAGGGCUCCUUGCCCUGACCUCCUCCCUGGGUUUUCGACCCCAGCCUCCUCCCCUCCCCUCCACCUCCACAGGGCAGCCUGAAUGUGCUUUCCAAAACCCAAAUAUGGCCAUGCUCCUCCUCGGUUCAAAACCUUGCACAGGCCCCACUGCCCUCAGCCCCAUUUCUCAGCCCGGUACUUGCACCUCCGGUGUCGUGCGGGGACAGCCCCUUCUGCAGUCCUCCUACCAUCCUCCUGAGCCACUCGGAGCUCCCUCACAUCCCCUCUGUUGCAUGCGCUAUUCCCUGGGCCUGCUGUGCUCUCCCCCUUAUCUGGGUGAUAAACUUCCCUGACCCCUCAAAUGCUGGUUUUGCUUCCCCUGGAGGGAAGCACUGCCUCCCUUAAUCUGCCAGAAACUUCUAGCAUCAGCGCUGGAGGGAGAAGCUGUCAGGGACCCAGGGCGCCUGGAGAAAGAGGCCCUGUUACUCUUCCCUUGGGAUCUCUGAGACCUCAGAGUGCUUGGCUGCUGCAUCCUUAAUGCUGGGGCCCAAGUAUGGGCACAGAUGCCCCCACAAAGUGGACGCCUGCUGCAUCUUCCCACAGUGACUUCACAGACCCACAAGAGAAGCUGCUGGAGAGUAAACCCUGGAGUCUGAGGCCCGGGCAGCAGUCCCCUUCUAGUGGUGGGCCCUGAUGCUGCCAGGCCUGGGACCUCCCACUCCCCCUCCACCGGAGAGUCUCCUCUGCAGCUCAGGGGCUGGCACACUGGCCUUCAGAAGGGCAGCUUCACAGGGCAGGGCCUCAUCAUCUUUUCACUGCCCCAGACACAGUGCCCAGUGGCCCAUGGUAUACCCUGGAUGAAUGAAUUAAUUACCUGGCACCACCUCGUCUGGGCUCCCUGCACAUGACAGUCACACAGAGAGCCAGAGUCCCAUGCCCAUUAGGUCUGGCAUGCCCCCUACUGCAAGG